AUGGAUCUUCAUUUUUACUCUGAACUCUCCGAUGGCAUUGAUCAGAUUGUCGACCCGGAGUUCUUGGAACCACAGGCUUAUAAUGGAUACGACCAAGUUAACAAGGUAUGGGGCCUAUUUCUAAAGAGGAUGUUAUUAUGUCGUUUGAAUACUAUGUGUGUGCGUCCGCAGGCGAGUCUAGUGACUGUCCCAAUUGAGCCUGAUAUGUUUCGACUGAAAGGAGCUGUGAUCCACUGAUCUGAGCAAACACAAGUACUAAAUCCCAUGUCUGUUUUGCAGUUUCCAGGGGGCAGUGAUAAUUACCUGACCAUAUCUGGGGCAGGUCAUCCUUUUCUCUCCUCUGAGGUGGGUGUCAUGAUCCUAGAAGCCUGCACACUUUCCAUACUACAUAUUAUUCAUAUUGUGCAGUGUAUUCACACUUAACAUGUUCAUGUAAUCUAUCUGUUCCAUUAACAGUUGUCCUUCUCCUUCUCUCUGUUUAGCAGACAUUCCAUACCCCCAGUCUUGGUGAUGAGGUGUUUGAGAUCCCUCCCAUCUCCCUGGACCCGGACACGGCCCUCAGUGUGGGGGACGUGGUGUCCCAUUUUGGGGAACUGUCAGGUGGAGCAGGGGGUCUCUCGGGGGCUGGAAGCCUGGCGAGGAAUGCUGUGGUGGGGGGCAAUGACCCCUCCUUUGCCUCCACCUACGUGAACACAACCUCUCAGGGCCUGGAGCACCUGAGCUUGGGGGUGAUGAGCCAGCCUGGAGGGGGGGCCCUACUCAGCUCAACACUGGGGGUGGUAAGUACUGUACUUAUGAAUAGCUUGUGCAUCAAGAAUGUGUUUUUCUCAAAUGCUAAUGCUUGGUUAAGAUGCUUUUGUCAAAUGGUAAUGCUUUUUGUUAAGCACUAAUACUAAGGAUAAACUCCUGGCCUUGUCACUCUAGGAACUUGGCCACUCCAUUGGCUCCCAUUUCAGCAGCUCCUCUCCAAUGACCAUCGAUGUCCCACUUGGUGACAUGAAUCAUGGCCUAUUGGGACACAAUCAGCUAACCACUAUUGACCAAUCGGAGCUGAGCGCCCAGCUCGGGCUUGGCCUUCAUGGUGGGAACAUUCUGUCUCGUUCCAAAUCACCUGACCAGCUGUCUGCCACACCCUCUCCAGCGGGCUCCCUCCAGGAUGAUGACAUGGAUGACUUCAGGGUGAGUGUCUAUUUGUAUGUUUGUUUAUACAGUGCCUUGCAAGAGUAUUCAGACCCCUUGGAUUUCUUCACAUUUUAUUGUGUUACAAAGUGGCAUUAAAAUGGAUUUAAUUGUCAUUUUUUGUCAACAAUCUACACUAAAGACUCUGUCGAAGUGGAACAAAAAUUCUAACAUUUUAAAAAGACGAAUACAAAUAAAAUAUAGUUGUUGCAUAAGUAUUCAGCUCCCUGAGUCCAAACAUGUUAGAAACACUGUUGUCAGCCAUUACAGCUGUGAGUCUUCUUGGGUAAGUCUGUAAGAGCUUUGCACACCUGGAUUGUGCAAUAUUUGCCUAUUAUUCUUUUCAAAAUUCUUCAAGCUCUGUCAAGAUGUUGGGGAACAUGGCUAGACAGCAAUUUUCAAGUCUUGCCAUAGUAUUUCAAGCAGAUUUAAGUCAUAAUUGUAACUUGGCCACUUAGGAACAUUCACUGUCUUCUUGGUAAGCAACUCCAGUGUAGCCUUGUGUUGUAGGUUAUUGUCCUGCUGAAAGGUUAAUUCCUCUCCCAGUGUCGGGUGUAAAGCAGACUGAAGCAGGUUUUGCUCUAGGACUUUGCCUAUGCAUAGCCCUAUCCUGUUUCUUUUAUCCAGUUACUAAGUGUUGUGUUGGAUUUUCCCCAACAUAGGGCUUUGCAUUUAGGCCAAAAAGUGUAUUCCUUUGCCAUGUUCUUUUGCAGUAUUACUUUAGUGCCUUGUUGCAUACAAGAUGCAUGUUUUGGAAUAUUUUGUAUAUUUGUGUUCUUCUUUUCACUGUCAUUUAGGUCAUUAUUGUGGAGUAACUACAAUGUUGUUGAUCCAUCCUCAGUUCUCUCCCAUCACAGCCAUUGAACUCUGUAGCUGUUUUGAAAUAACCAAUGGCCUCAUGGUAACACCCCUGAGCGGUUUCAUUCCUGUCCUGCAGCUCAGUUCAGAAGGACGACUAUCUUUGAGGUGUCUGGGUGGUUUAAUACAUAAUGCACAGCAUAAUUAUUAACUAGACCAUGUCUACCAAUUAUUGCCUUUUUUUAUGAGGCUUUCGAAAAGCUCCCUGGUAUUUGUAGUUGAAUCUGUGCUUGAGGGACCUUGCAGAUGUUGUAUGUAUGGGGGACAGAGGGAAAAAUCAUAUCAACCCCUAUUUACUUCACACAAUCAUCUUUGACUCCUGAACUAAUUUAGGCUUGCCUAAACAAAGGGGCUGAAUACUUAUGCAAUGGCUACAUUUGAGUUGUACAUUUUUGGUCAUUUUUGACAUUGUCACUACUUAACACUGUCAAAAGUCAUAAUUAUAUCUAAGCCCUGCUCAUUUCCACAAUUGAUCUUCUUAAAAUUGUAUUUAAACCUAACCCUAACUAAUGAAGGUCAUGUUUGAUGAGUUGGUCCACCAGACCUUCCACGCAUUUGGGCGGAAGUGUCUGGGAACGAGAUUAGAUGUAAUGUGACUAACAUGACAUCACUUUAGAGCUUAUGCCAUCUUUCAGCACAACAUGUCACCCUGUAUGAAGCACAUGUUUAUAUCAUAUUCGACAUAGUGGGUUAUGUCCCAUUUUACAUUGGUGAUUAUGUCACACAGUUAUGCUACAUUUAUGAACCCUUUAUAAAGCAUGACAUACAGUUAUAGAUGCUUUGUAACACUUAUGUAGCACUUAUGAAGGCUUUAUAAGCUGAAUGUCAUUUAAUGCGGGACUUAAUUGGGUAAUUCAUAUUUUUUUUAAAUGAAUUUUUCUUCCACUUUGCCAUUUGAGUAUUUUGUGUAGAAAAAAAUUACAAUGAAAUCCAUUUUAAUCCCACUUUGUAACACAAUACAAUUUGAAGAAAUCCAAAGGGUCUGAAUACUUUUGCAAGGCACUGUAUGUCUCUUGCUAAGUCAACUGAUCUAAGAUCGUUGUAUCUUUCCCCGUCUCUCUCUGUCCACUGGUCCCACUGUCACCCCGAAGAGUGUGCUGGUCGACUCUCCGAUGUCCCUGUCUGUCUCCCCUGCGGUACUCUCCCACAUCUCCACCAUGCCGGGCUCUUCCGCCAUGCUCUCCUCCUCAGUCUCCCCUGCCUUGGUGAGGCGUGGCGGGGGCAAGCCGGCCACUAUGGCAGGGCCUGGAGGAGGGAAGAAGGGGAAGAAGAAGAAGGAUCCCAACGAGCCCCAGAAACCCGUCUCUGCCUACGCCCUGUUCUUCAGGGACACUCAGGCUGCCAUCAAGGGCCAGAACCCCAACGCCACAUUUGGAGAGGUGUCCACGAUAGUAGCCUCCAUGUGGGACAGUCUUGGGGAAGAGCAGAAACAGGUACACAGGACAUACACUUUGACUAAUACACAUAUAGGUAACUGCCCAAAAAAGGAAACAUUUGAGUAAAUGAGAUUCCUGAGUUAAUGAUGAUUUUAUUUUGGCUACCAUGGCUAGAAGAAGAGAUCUGUGACUUUGAAAGAGGGUUCUCAAAGGAGCAUAGGGGGUUAAAGGGGGUGUGUCAGUCAGCAGAUCUCAACCCAACUGGACCUUUUAUAGGAGAUUCUGGAGCGGUGCCUGACACAGUGUUUUCCACCAGCAUCAACAAAACACCAAAUUAUGGCAUUUCUCGUGGAAGAAUGGUGUCGCAUCCCUCCAAUAGAGUUCCAGACAAUUGUAGAAUCUAUGCCAAGGUGCAUUGGAGCUGUUUUGGUGGCCCUGACACCCUAUUAAGAUAGGGUACUUUUAUGUAGGUGUUUCCUUUGUUUUGUCAGUUACCUGUACUUUUAGAAAAUUUCAAGGACAUUUGUGGUAAAAAUAAAAAAGAGCCUUUACUCGUGUCUUUACUUAUGUAAUUAUACCCUCUGUCACUAUUAGGUGUAUAAGAGAAAGACGGAAGCAGCGAAAAAGGAAUACCUGAAGGCACUAGCAGCUUACAGAGCCAAUCAGCUCUCACAGGUAAGAAACUCUUGGCCUGUCUUUGCUUGGAAAUCGUGUGACUGUAGCUAUGACAAUGUUUUACUGUAAAUGUCUAGAAGAUAUUGUUAUCUCUACAAAACAUUUGCUAAUUUCCCCAGCCCUCCAUUGAAGUGAUGGACACAGCUUCUUCACCAUCACCUCCUCCAAUACCUGAGCCAGUGCCUGUGGCCCCCCUGGCUCCCGCCCGCCCCUCCCGUCUUCCCCAGCACAACGCAGACCAGAAUACCAUCACCAACAUCUGCGCCUCCAACAUCAUUCUGGACGUCCCCCAGGUCACCACGCGCUCCCGCACAGGAGCUUACAAGCCCCCUACCCUGGGCACCACAGCCACCCCGACCCCGACCCUGACCCCCACCAUCACCAAGAUCAUCAUCUCCAAACAGAUGCUCCAGGCCGGGGCUAAGCUCCACCAGAUACCCACCUCCAUGGUGACGGUGCUCCCAAGCGGCGUGCGCACCCUGCUGCCCUCAGCCCCACGCCAGCCCCCUCCUUUGCAGCAGAUGCAGAACGCCCCUCCUCCCCCGCGGCUCCAGCAGAUGGUACACUCCCCAGCCCCACCUCCCCUACAGGCCAAGCCCCGAGGAGGAAGUGCUGGGCCGGGGCUUCCUGUGUCCAUCCCCGCCACACCUCCCCCUCCACUACAGAUCAAGAUUGUCCCGGCCUCUUUGCAGGCAGACGCAUCCUUGCCCAUUAUUGUUACGACAACCGCAACCGCCCACUCAAUUGGUGUCACCACUUCUGCUGUGCCUACAUCAGCAUACUCCACCCCUACAGUGGCUCUGCAGUUGGCGAAGUCCACUGACCUGACGGCCAGUGCAGAUGAGGAUUCGGUUACGGAAGAGUUCACUUCGGGAGAGGUUGGCUGUGGUUUCUGACCAAAUGUUCAUGUUAAAUAUGCUUGGUGUUUCAAUCAUUCCUCUCAACUCCUUUCUCAACUUUCACCUCUUUUUCUACAGAUGGAAAUGGAGUUCAAUGUGUCUCCAGGUGCCACGGACGCUACUUCUGGCCCCCUGACUCUGUGUGUACGCGCAGGAUGCACCAACCCUGCAAUAGAGAGCACGGACUGGGACAAAGAGUACUGCAGCAAUGAAUGUGUCGCCACUCAUUGCAGGUAUGUGGGUUUGGAUAUAAAUGUAUUUGUAUUCCUUUCUGUGAGAAAAGUUUUCUACUCCAACAUAAGUAGAAGGUAUGUUGGAGUAGAAAAGGGAACAUGAUUGAUUAUGUUGAUUUACUCAAACGCUUGUCUCUUUUUUCCCUUCGUCUCCUUCAGGGAUAUCUUCAUGGCCUGGUGCUCCAUCAGGAAUCAGAACACCAUGGUUGUCAAGUAAAGACCGGCCACACCCAGACAAGGGGAGAAUUGUGAUUUGUGUCUUGUUGGGUCAGGGGUGAUAACAGGCCUAAGGUGGACUGAGUGGGGUGAGAGGAAGAGAUGGAGUUUGGAGGAGAGGAGAGCAACUGGAGAAAAGAAGAGUGCCAUGUACCACAAAGCGAUCCAGUGGAAAUAAAUAAUCAACAUAAGACAUGGGAUUCAUUUAGAGGUAAAUGGACUGUGGAUGAGAUAGAACGUGAGAGGACAGGGAGUGAAGUAUAUCUUUUUUGUGUAUUAUAUGUUUUAUUGUUUGGACAUGCAUACCUUAAACGGGUCCAUUCACACUGAUCGUGUUAUGAGAGGAUGUAUACCAUAUGAAGGGACCUGAAAUCAUAGUGGGAUUCCAAAGGGUUCUAUUCCAGAGGGUACAUUGGAACAUAGUGCCACUAGUCGUGACACGUGUUAACAUAAACUACAUGACCAAAGGUAUGUGGA